UCCUCAACCCAAGAAAACAAAACAAUAGAGAAUAACGCUCCAUCUUCUUAUUCUCAGAUCUAAUUGAAUUGCUAUUUCCAAGUCAAGAGAAGAAGAAGAAAUGGGCAACUGGUCGGAGUUGCCACUAGAGAUCAUCCACAUGAUAUCAGUGAGAAUUGACAACCCCUUCGAUCUGAUCCAUUACCGAUCGGUAUGUUCCUCAUGGCGAUCCUCGAGCCUUCUCACAUUCCGACCAGUUCCAUCACUUAGAUGUCCUGUUCCACCAGAUGCCGGUGGAGAUGAUUGUUAUAUUUCAAGGAGUCGUGUUUAUCUGAUCAAGUCUCUUUCUAGCGUACCUUUCCAAUUUUGGUUGUUUAAGCUACUAGAAGAGGAGAAUGGACUUGCUCUGCACAUUUUGUUCAGUAGAAGAACCUUCUCUGUGUGGGGAUGUUCAUAUCCAAGUUUGUCACUUGACUUGCUCAACUCUCAAGUCAUUGAGCUAGCUCAAGAACAUGUUGCUUGUUACACCUCUUGGUGCGACCUUUUCGAUGAUGAUUUUGCGAAUAAAGAAGGAAAAAGUAUUGGUUUUAUGCAGUUAGAUGCAGAGAACAAGGAAUUUAUAAUUUUGCGAAGACUCUCAAUCCAGGGACUUGGCAUGUAUAGGUCAUUUGAUAAGUGUUGGACCGAGAUCGAGAUAGAACCUGAUCGUUUUCUAGAAGCAGUAGCGUCGUAUAACGGACUAUUUUAUGCCAUCGAUUCUACCGGAGUAAUGAUAGUGGUAAAGCCAUCUCUAGAAGUGAACUCGUUUCAUCGGUCGAGGCCUUGUGAUAAGACAAGGAAACGUUGGCUUGCCAAGUUGGAGGAGAAACUCCUACUAGUAGAGAUCUGCACCGAAAGCCAAAAGGAGUAUCUCACACCAAAACUCCUAGCGGAAAAGGGAUGGUUCGAGAUUUCGGAGUUAGACGAGAAGAGAAACGAUUGGAUUCAAGUGGAAGAUGUGGGUGGUCACGUCUUGUUCUUGGACUGCCAUUGCUCUUUCUCUUGCCUGCCUACUCAAAUUCCGGGUUUUAGACCCAACUCUAUAAUUUUCGAGUGUCUUUAUGGAUCUUAUAGACAUAAAGACUUUCAGGUGUUUGAAUUUGGUGAGCAAGGUAUUAGAUCUUUUGAAGAUAUCUCCGAGUAUGCUCAACUUUAGUCGUUUUCCCCAAGGAUAAUUUCCAAUGGAUGAUUUUGAUCAUCGAUCACAAAACAUAAUUGAAACAAAAAUGUUUGUCGUCACCUUUCAAUUUUUUUUUUUUUUGUUCAACACAAAUGGGUUGUAUAUAAAACAUUUUUGUAUACAAACUAAUUGUAUAUGGUUUUGUAAUAUAUCCUGUAUCAUCAAUUUAGCAUU